CGUAAGAUGCUGAGAUGUACGCUGCGGUUCCUGGGCUUCCCUUGUCUGAACCCUAAUCGGCCAUCGCCCUGUUCACAAUACAUUUGACCUUGCUCCCAUUCAUCACUCCGUUCGAUUCAUCGUCACUGUCUACUUUUUCGUGUUGCUGAACCAGCGGUACUGAUAUUCACUAAGCUCGCUGCAUAAUUUGCUCAAGUUUUUGGCCGCAAGUCUUCUCUUGCGCUUACUCUCAAACUGCUUCUAUACCUUUUCACUCCGUUAGCACCGUUGGUCAUCAUGCCGUUUGUGGGACGAUUAGUUCAUUACUCCGUUGAUCUGGUUCUGCUGUCAGCCGUUCUUGCUGGCGUCAAGCGGUCUACCGGCCUGAUGUUCAAAACCGAAUCCAUCGAGUCCAAGGACGUUCGGGACGCGGUCACAAAAUACUUGGAUGUUGGAGAGUGGGUGCUCGAUACCAGUGUCGCGUUCAUGAACAGCUCGCCAUACUUUGUCCGAAAGCGCUAAGUCACGCCAGAUGUUUGACUUUAACGCGUCUCCACAUUCAGCAAUAUUACAAGUACAGCUUCUCUCACUCGCUCGCGAUAUUUCAGUCUUUGCUGGCAUGCUUUCGUACUGAUCUUUAAUCUCCACUCUGCCAUAUUCGUCGAAACUUAUAAUCUGUGUCAUACAUUCGUGUCUUUCGUAUGACUGCAAUUCUCUUUAUACUAUAGUCUAUUUGACGAGUACUCGGCAUAACUAACUCGCUGCAAAUAGACAAGUACUGGCGUUGCUUGGGUUGGCGCUUUGCGUAUUGGGUAUUUUGUUUUUUUCUUCAGUAAUUGAUAUUCAACUUUCUGUAAU